AGAUAGUCUACCCUCUGGAUGAAGCCACAGUGGUCAGAAUGCAGACUAUUAAGACGGUGGAGACCCAAGUGCCCUUUCUGAAAGAGAGUUUCUUUACUAGCACUUUCAAAGGCAGGAGGAAGAGCAGUGUUACCAGCAUCCUUCGUAAACAACAGCACUCUCUCCUUAAUCAACAACAAGAGCAACAGCAGCAGUGCAUUUUAGAGCAUCAGCAGCAGCAUCCUAAGCAGUUUCUUCCCUCAUCAGUCGAAAAUGGACAAGGGCUGCGCACUCCGGAGCAUCAGCGCCUUGCUCGCUCAACCAGCAGCCCGUUAUGCAAGACAGCUGAGCGUGCAGGAGCAGAUGGGGAUGGAAAGGAGGGGCAAAAAGAGAGGAAGGAUCAGAGAGUCACAGAGGCUGUGCAAGGGAGGGAGGGUGAGCGAGGAGUUAGUGGUAGCGAGCCCGCGGCUGUCAGUGCCAGUCUCCUCCUCCUUUCAUCAUCAGCAUCAGCAGCACUCGGGGAAGCAGCAUCAUUCUCACAGCUGCCUUUAACUGUGGUGGGCAGACAGCAGGGAUUAGGCAGCUCUGAAGGAACUCUGACCAACAGAGGACCAGCAUCAGUAGCAGCCCAGGAGGAAGCCCAGCAUGCCCAGGCUCGACCCCCGCAGCAUGGCCUAUUAGCCAAGGGUGUCCGUCUGCUCAGGAACAUGGGGAACCAGGAAACAAAGCAGAAGAAAGGAGGAGGAAGUGGUGGAGCUGCAGGGGAUGUCUCCUGUGAUGGUGAUGCUGAUGAGAGGGAAGUGGACAAAAAAUUAAAAAAGUCCCACAAUAAGAUAAGUAAAGGAGGAGGAGAAAAUAAUGGAAAGAAGAAAUCUAAGUCAGAGUCGAAGGGUUCGGUGUUUUCCGGCAUGAAGAUCAGGAAGAGUUUAUCAAAAGCAAAAGGGUUGUCUAAGGAUGACAUGUUGGAAGAUGGGAAGUCAGCACACUCUGGCAAAGCAGGGCUUAAGCCCGGUACAGAGGCCAGACUGUCAGCUGAUGAAAUAGGCAUACUAUCAGAUAUCGAGGGGGAUCUAAGCCGCUUGACUGCAGACAGUCAUCAAUCUAUGGUGAAUGAGAUUGACCGGAAGAUGAGCUCGGGGUCGGAUGCUGACCUCUACAGUUUUCACUCGGCAGCAGCUGAAAAUGAAGACCUGCUUUCUGACAUCCAGCAGGCCAUAAGAGACCAAUGUGUGGCCAGUGACAGGGUACUGGUAAUGGUGGCUGACCACUUGUCUGAAGGGUCAACCCCUGAAUGGAACAAAGCUCCUGAGAAGGUAAUAUCCCACCAGCUAUUUAAUCAGGAUAAAGAAGUUUUCUCUUUCCCUGUUGGUAGUGAAUGUGUACCUCAAGAGGUAAGCGGAGAGUGUAAGAAAUUGGAGAACGAAAGUCAUGUCAUACCCAUAUCAAGAAAUUCAUCUGGUCCAGGGUCCCUGAGUGAAAGUGGUCCACCAUCGUCAGCCCCAGAUACAGAGAGAAGCAGUGGCAGCCUUUUCCCAAAGACUAACAGCACGUAUAGCUUCCCUGACACUGCAACUACCACCACCUCGUAUGAGAGUGCUGAGGAGCCCCAGGAUGAUCUGGAGAGCCCAGUUCUGCACCUACAGCAGCGUCAAGAUAAUCUGGUUGCACAGAGUGAAAACAGAGGCGUGCCAUGUGUCCACUUGGAUCCCGAGGUGGCAGGGGCAGGGCCGAUGGGGUCUCACAGGAGUGCGAGCAGCAUGGACCUGUCCAUGGAGAGGGAGGGGGAAGAGGAAACUGGGAGACGGGACUUCCUGUCACUGAAAAGGAGGAAGAGUAGUUUGUCUAUUAGCCAGUUAACAACAGACCCCAAUGGUUCUCAGCCUAGACGGACAUCCUCCAGCUCCCCCUCCACUGUCAAACUCUACCCUCCAGUCCACCCUUCAUAUGUUAAGACCACCACCAGGCAGCUCACCUCUCCAAUAGGCUCCCCCAUUACCAGCCCCCAUGUUCCCAGGAAAACAGAUGCCACUGUUGUUUCAGUAGAAUCUUGUGGGGCCAAGGGGUUUAAGAGGCACAAGCAGAGGUCCUCCUCCAUUGCUGGGCCUAUCAGUGUGUCUGCAGACUGGUCCGCAGAGUUGGAUGAGCUAAGAGGAAGGAAGGGUGGUGGGGCCAAAUACCCAGAGCAGGAUACACCAGAGAAGAGUUACACAGGAGGGAUUUACUGGACUCUGGGGUCCAGGAGAGCACAUUAUGUACGGCAGACCUCCCUUACCACAGUACCCUACCUGGAUGUCUUCUCUGGUCGCGCUCUGUUGGACUGGCUGUGUAUGCAUCCUGGAGAUGGGUCUACAGAAGAGGAGACAAAGGAAUUCUGUCACCGAAUGUUAGUCCAGGGUCUGUUGCACCCUUUCAGUGACGGCAUCACAGAGCACCAUGGUGAUAGCACUGUCUCAGCUGUCUUUAAUGAGGAGCAGCUGUACACCUGGGCAUCUGUUGGCCUGCCAGUGUCUCAUCACCUGUGGGAACUCUACGGGGGGCGAACCACAGGCAGAGAACAGAGCUUGAGAUCCCCUUUGCAUCAAUCAUCAGCCAAGACACCAGGAGCUCUACACUCUCAGACAGAAUCCAGUAGGUUGAAGUCAGGUCAGUCAUCAUCAGAGGAUGAAAGCUGUCUCAUCCCUCAGCUGGAGAGGACCAUUGAUGACCUGCGGAUUAAGAUUGCUGUGUUGCAGGGCCAGCAGGCCUCCUUGGCAAAGGGCAGCUUGGAUAAUGUGGGAGCUCUGGGCGCUGCCCACCACAAGGCCUCGCAGAUGAGAGGAGGAAGAUUGGGGAAGAUGAGCCAGGAGGUGUCUGUCCAGACCUCGCCUGUGGAGGAGAGGUUUAAGUUUGACGUGCCUUUCAAUGGAGGAUCUGGCAGCGUGUCGUCCUCUGUUUCAUCCUCCAUCCCCAAAUCUACAGAGAGCUUUGUCUGCACAUGUCAGCAGAGGCAACAGAGCAGCGCCCAUCAUCCUCCGCCCCCGCCUCCCCCUCCUGUCUCUGGAGGUAUGCCCCCACCUCCACCUCCACCACCUCCUCCCACCCUUUUCACCUGGCUUGGAUCCUGUCCACCGCCGCCUCCUCUCCUCCCACCACCACCAGGUACGGCUCCACCCCCACCAUCUCCACCGCCAGCAUGGGCCCUCUCGACCACCCCAUCCGCCUGGAAUGGGCCUCCUCCACCCGCCCACCCAGGCUUUGGGCCUCCACCACCACCAGGCCCCAUGCCCUCCAUGAUGGUCCAGGAAGCUGCCCCUGCCAAGGCUGUGAUAGAGCCCCCCAAGCCAAUGAAGCCACUCUACUGGACACGCAUACAGCUGAAUGCUAAAAAACCCCUUGACCCACUGGUGUGGGAGAAAGUCGAGGAACCAUCUGUAGACUUUGAAGAAUUUGUGGAACUAUUCUCCAAAAGUGCUGUAAAGGAAAAGAAAAAGCCAAUUUCAGACACAAUCAGCAAGUCCAAGGCGAAGCAGGUGGUGAAGCUCUUGAGCAACAAGCGUUCGCAGGCUGUGGGUAUUCUGAUGUCCAGUAUUCAUCUUGAUAUGAAGGACAUCCAGAAUGCGGUCUUAAAUAUGGACAACACUGUCGUUGAUCUGGAGACUCUGCAUGCCCUCUAUGAAAAUAGAGCUCAAGCUGAUGAGAUGGAUGGCAUUAAGAAGCAUAUAAAAUCAUCCAAAGACAAGGAGGAUGCCAAGCCACUGGACAAGCCUGAACAGUUUCUAUUCCAGUUAUCACAAAUCCCCAACUUCUCUGAGCGAGUGUUCUGCAUCCUGUUUCAGUCAACUUUCCAUGAAUGUAUCACCUCAAUCCUCCGCAAAGUAGAAAUCCUUCAGAGAGUAUGCAAGUCUCUGCAGACUGGUAAGUGUGUAUUGCAGGUGCUUGGCCUGGUGCUGGCUUUUGGCAACUUCAUGAACGGAGGUAAUCGGUCUCGAGGGCAGGCCGACGGCUUCACCUUGGACAUUCUGCCAAAACUAAAGGACGUUAAGAGCAGUGACAACUCCCAGAGUCUUUUGUCCUACAUUGUUGCUUACUAUCUAAGGCACUUUGAUGAGGAUGCUGGCAGAGAGACGUGUGUCUACCCUCUGCCUGAGCCCCAGGACCUUUUCCAGGCCUCCCAGAUGAAGUUUGAGGACUUUCAAAGAGAUCUGCGUAAGCUGAGGAAAGACCUCAAUGCAUGCUCGGCUGAGACGGAGAAAGUUUGCAAGUUGUCAUCUGAAGAGAACCUCCAACCCUUUAAGGACAAGAUGGACGAAUUUCUUAGCCAAGCCAAAACUGAACUGGAAACACAAGAGAAGCAAUUGGCAGACACUCAGAAGAUCUUCUUGGAGUUAAGCGUGUCCUUCUCAGUUAAACCCAAGGCAGGCGAGAAAGAGGUCUCUCCCAACACUUUCUUCUCUGUUUGGCAUGAGUUUUCCACUGAUUUCAAAGACCACUGGAAGAAGCAGAAUAAGCUGAUGUUACUGGAACGGGUCAAAAUGGCUGAAGAGAGCUUCAAACAGGCCAGGGAGAAGGCUUCCUACAACGUGAAACCCAAACAUGCAACUGGAAUAAAAGCAAAGCUGGGUCAGAAGAUCUGAAGCUGAGAAUGGAAAAUUAUCAUCACAAAGCCUAUUGCACAAGCACUGUUUGUACAAUCUGACAAUGACUCAUCAGUCAUUUUUACAACAUUUAUUUGAUUCCAGUAUUUGUUUUCAAUUGAUUUAGACCUGUUGUAUAUGUGAGUUGGUUCAAAGUGGAUAUUAUGUGGACAUUAUAUUUAAAUGUGGAAUGAAAAAUUGACAUUCCCAGCCACCCUUUGAUAGCACUCACAUAAUUAAAUGAAAGAUUUCUACCAAAAGACGUCCUCGAGCUGAGAUGAUUAAAUGUAGAUGAGCCAUUUGCCAGAAAAUGCUCACUGGAGUCUGAAAUUUGUAGCAACACUAUAUCUAAGCCUUUUCAGUAUUUUAUAAGACAUAUGUAGCCUAUUUUUGAUUUAUUUUUUUGUGCAAUUCCCAAGCCUAGUUUACCAGGAAGGCAUCAGCACUUCCUCUUUAUAUCUUCCUUACUGGUGAAAAGCACAGAAUUUUAUAACAUUUCUACAUGGAAGGUAUGGAUCACCUGCCAGACAGAAAGUGCCUUAUUGCACAGUGUAGGUUAGUGACUGCUGUAGAACAGUUUAUUUCUGAGACAUAUCAUCUGUAAGUAAAUGUUAUAUGUAAAGAAGAAAAAUCUGUUUUACCUGGGCUAAAAUAUGAGAUUUGCUUUUCUUAAUAGUGUCAUCUAUCUUGUCUCAGAACCUAGUGGUAGUUAUACAUAUGUUUUACAUACAGUAUGUCUCUAUUGCAGUUUAAUGUUUUUUCAUCCAAAAAGGCCAUUCAUACCUGAGUGGUGUGAUCUGAUAUAGGUCUUCUAUGGCUUUAUUAAGCUGUAUUGUCCAUUUGCUCUAUGUUUUAAGCAGAAUCCUAUGCAGUAUGCCUUUCCUACUACGUGUGAGUGUGUGAACUCCUUAUGCUAAUGGAGCAAUAUGAUCUUGUGAUGUGACGUUCAUGUUCAAUACCGACAAUACGCUUUGAUUAAAUACUCCUGACCUUGACAAAAUAUAUUUAUUAAA